CGCGCCACGAACCGAUACGCGCAACAGCGCCGCUGGGAAAACCCGAAAGAAACCAAAACGAAAUGGUACCCGGUGACCGUUGCCGAAAUGAAAGCGUUUCUGGGCAUUCUCAUCGUCAUGGGUUACAACAAACAACCACACGUGAUCCACUACUGGUCGACCGACGACGACCUUGGAAACCAACUGAUCAGCAAGACGAUGAGUCGCGCACGGUACAAGCAGAUAAUGAAGUACCUGUCGUACUCGGACCACCCCUACGCGAGGCCUGGCUCAGAGGCGUUGCGGAGGCAGAAGGAGGCAGAGAAGCAGGACCCUCUCGUGUGUGUGAAGGCGGUGGUCGAGCGAAUCAACAGGAACUCGAGGUGCGCCAGAAACCCAGGAGCAGAGAUUGCCGUGGAAGAGUCCAUUAUUGGAUUCAAGGGAAGAAGGCCACUCAAAGUGCUUACACAUUCUAAAUGCUCUUCUGGGAUCAAGUCAGGUCAUCGGGUCUACUCGCUCACCGACCCCAUGACUGGAUACAUCUACCUCGAUGAGGUGCAUUACUCCAACAAGGAGAUGGGGACAGUGGAAGGCCAGCCUCAUUACCGUGGCAACAACGUCCAAUGUCAGAUAGCAGAUGUGCUACUGAAGAGCUUCUACGGGGCUGGACACAGGGUGUACUUCGAUAACAUCACGGUGACAAGUCAGUUCUUUGACUUUCUCUUCACGCGCAACACAUAUGGGUGUGGUAUUGCCAAGGAUGACCUUCCCCAUGACCUUAAGCACCUAGAACCAAAGGACAUGAUUCCGGGACAGGCUGUCCAUCGUCAGGACGGACCGGUGCUGGCCACAGCGUGGCUGGACAAGAAAAAGCUGUGCAUCCUGUCCACCGUCACAAACCCGUCGUCCAAGGCCGCGACGACGAAGCGUCGCGUGAGACAAGAGAACGGCACGCUCGAGCCGAAGACCAUCCCAGUGCCGGUAAACGUAAAGCUGUUCCAGGAUUUCACGAAGAGCAUGGAGCUCGCAGACCUCAUGCGCUCCUGCUUCAGCUUCGGGAAACCCUCAAAGAAGCUACACAGGUUUCUGUUCAACUACAAGGCAAACCAAUCGAUCACCAACGCAUUUAUCAACUGGAAGGAGUUCAGCACCCGAAAACAAUUGAACGUCGCGCUUAUCACCGACCUUGACCAGCUCACGUUUCGUCGCAAACUCGCCCACCAGCUGAUUGGUGGCUUCCAGGGCCGACAACGGAAAAAACGAGCUUUCUACCCAAAGCCAGAGGGCGCCAUCGGUGAGACCAGCUCGCAAGCACCCACUAGGCGGCGACGCAACGUGAACAUCCACAAGUUGGAGCACAGCACGACCAAGAGGGAAUGCGUACAGUGUCGUAGGAACAACAGGAACACGCAGGCUAAGAAACCACGGCCACACGAGAGCAGGUACAAGUGUGCGAGAUGCGACGUGCACCUGUGUCACCCAGCGACGCGGCCGGAGUGCUGGAAUGAACACCAGCUCCUGUGAGACACGCGUGUUCCCGCCACGCCACUACUGCAUGCUCAUCGCAACCGUGCCUCCUUGCUGCCCCGCUACCAUGACUCUCGUUCCCACAGCACAUAAACUAAAGACCAGAGUGAUUACACAUAGUAAAUUCGUAAAUCAGUUUCACUUCGUGCAUAAAGGACGAAUUCGAUAAAUGAAAGUGUCAAUGACACU